AUGCGUUCUGUUAUUAGUUUUGUCACUAUUGAAGAUAAAAACAACCAUCAUUAUAUUGUUAUAACUUAUGUCGUCUCAACAUUGAUAUAUAAUUUCUGUUCAAUGAUGGCUCAAACACGUGUUUUAAUAAAAUAUGGACCAUAUAAGACCUUUUUCGGUGUUGAGCAUAAAACGGAACGUACGAAAGGUCUUGAAACUUUUCUAACCAAUCUCGGCUAUUCAGUUAGUACGCACCCAAUUCCAAUUCGUAAUGCCUGUGAAGUUCAUGUCUAUGAUUUAAAAGUGUUCGAAUGUGAUAUUCGUAAUCUUCAAUUCGGUGGUGAUGGUGAAUUAGAUGAUUUAUGCCAUGAAACUCUUCGAAAAAUAACCGAUGUAACAUCACCCUCCUCAAACCCAUAA